AUGACGAGGAUGGGGAGAUGGCAUGUGGCGCUGGUGGUGCUGGUAGCACUCGCCGGAGCACGAAUCUCCGCCGCUGCCGAGCAGAUGCAGUCACGCGCCGUUGACACCGGCGUUGACCUUAGCGUGCUUGAGGACCAACCCAUUGGAACUAUCGUCGGAAGAAUUCCGACUAAGCCUGGCUUCACCUAUCGUUUCAAUGAACCACCGAAAGAGUUCAUUUUAGACCCGUUAUCUGGCGAAAUUAAGACUAACGUUGUCCUUGAUAGGGAAACCGUGGAUCGAUAUGCUUUUGUUGUGUUAUCAAGUCAACCAACUUAUCCUAUUGAAGUGAGAUUGAGAGUUAUGGAUGUGAAUGAUAACUAUCCAGAAUUUCCAGAACCAAGUAUCGCUGUAGCCUUUUCAGAGAGCGCAGCAGCGGGUACAAAAUUAUUGCUUGAUGCGGCCACCGAUAAGGAUUUGGGGGACAACGGUAUUACAAAUGACUAUAGAAUAAUUGACGGGGAUAACGAAGGAAAAUUUCGUUUGAACGUCACUGUUAAUCCGAGUGGACAAACAUCUUAUUUACAUUUGGAAACAACUGGGAAGUUGGACCGUGAGACUACAGAUUUUUAUAUUUUAAAUAUAUCGGCACGUGAUGGGGGAAAUCCACCAAAAUACGGGUAUUUGCAAGUUAAUGUGUCUAUUUUAGAUGUAAAUGAUAAUCCUCCAAUUUUUGACCAGAGUGAUUUUUCAGUAUCAUUAAAUGAAAGUGUACCUCCAGGAACAACAGUUUUAAAAGUGACAGCAACAGAUAGUGAUUUGGGAGAUAAUAGUAAAAUCACAUAUGAAGUGACAGAUACAGAAAAACAGUUUGCAGUGGAUCCAGAAUCUGGUGUUAUAACUACAAACAAAAAACUGAACUGUCCAAAAUACUGCACUAAUACAACAUGUAACAUGACUUGCGUAUUAACGGUAAUUGCUAAGGAUCACGGUGUACCACGCCAAGAUGCACGAACAUACGUUACAGUAAAUCUCAUUGACGCAAAUGAUCACGACCCUGUUAUUACAUUUACCUAUGUUCCACCAACGGCUAAUUUUGCUACGGUUGAUGAAAAUGCCAAAAAUGGUUCAUUAGUUGCAGCCAUUACAGUAACGGACUUAGAUGCUGGUCUGAAUGGUAUUACCAGUAUUAGUAUAGUAACAGGUAACGAGCUCAACCAUUUUCGUUUAGAAAACUCUUCAAGUGUGUAUAUCGUGCAUGUAAAUGGUAUUUUAGAUAGAGAAGAAAUAAGUAAAUAUAAUUUGACUGUCGUUGCUAAGGAUCAGGGUACACCAUCAAGAACAUCUACCUCAUAUUUAGUAAUUCACGUUAAUGACGUCAAUGACCAUGAACCCGUAUUUGAAAAAUCUGAAUAUUCCACUAUUUUAAGUGAACUUGCGCCACCAGGAUCAUAUGUUGCUAGUAUUACUGCUACUGAUGAAGACAGUGGAGUGAAUGCAGAAAUUUACUAUGACUUUUAUGAUGGAAAUCAGCAACAAUGGUUUAUGAUUGACCAUAUGACUGGGCUGGUGACUACACGAUCUAUCUUAGACCGUGAAAUCCAAGGCACAGUAGAACUAAACGUUUCAGCAAGAGAUGGUGGACCAAAUCCGAAAUGGGCAUAUACUAGACUCAAAAUAACUAUUUUGGACGAAAAUGAUAAGGCUCCAACAUUUCCUCAGUCACAAAUUAACGUUACUCUACAUGAAAAUAUAAAACCCAUCAAAGAAAUUAUGAUACUGACAGCGUCUGACAAUGAUCAAGGAACAAAUGGCUCAGUGUCUUACUAUUUAACAUCAAAUAUUGAAAGAAAAUAUCCGAACACCUUCAUUCUAGACCCCAUCACUGGACAGUUAAGUACUAUUGUUGAAUUAGAUAGAGAAAAGAUUCCUAUGUAUGAGAUACAGGUAAUUGCCAAAGACCAAGGGUUCCCUCCUCAAUCAUCUACUGCUACAAUAUAUCUUAAAGUAUUAGAUAUAAAUGAUAACUAUCCUAUUUUUUAUCCUCGUCGUUAUGUAGAAACUAUAAAUGACGAUAUGUCCCUUGGUACAAACAUCUUGCAACUAAAAGCAUUGGACUUAGAUGAAGGAGAUAACGCAAAAAUAAUUUACAAACUAGAGAGUGGUGGUGACGGAUAUUUCGAAGUAGACCCAAUGACUGGAUAUAUCACACUGCAAAAGGACUUACGUAAAUCUCUUCAUAGUACACAUACCUUGAAAAUAUCGUGUAAAGAUAAAGGUAAUAAAAAAGCUCGUGAAGAUGCAAUUGUUGAAAUUGUAAAAUUAUCACAUCGUAAGAGCCUUGAAUUUGAUGGAGUUAAUGGUUACCGUUUUAAAAUUGUUGAAGAUGAAGGCACUUCUAAGCCCGACAUUGGACGCUAUGUGGGAAGAGUAAAUGCAAAAAUAUCUAGUGAUACUUUAUCUUAUUAUAUUAUUGAGGGUGAUCCUAAAGAAGUUUUCCGAAUAGAUGAACGAAGUGGUAUUAUUACUACAAAUGCUAAUGUAGACAGAGAAGAUAAAAUGACCUAUAGCUUGAAGAUAAUGGCUAAAAGUGGCGUCUCAUUUGGUUUUGUUACUGUCAAUAUAUCAGUUUUGGAUGUCAACGAUAAUUAUCCAAUAUUUAUUGAAGAUAAAGAUGAAGUUCAUAUUCCAGAAAAUAUGGCAGUUGGACAAGAAGUUUAUUUCGCAAGAGCUAUAGAUCGUGAUUCUGGAUCAAAUCGAACAAUAUUUUACAGUUUGAGUAAUAGUGAUAACAGUUUUAGAAUUUCAGAAACUACUGGAGUGAUUUAUUUGAAUAAACCGAUUUCUGGUGAACCUGGUUACGUCAUGAAUAUAGAAGUCACUGCUGCAGAUAAUGGUAAUCCUUCACUUGUGGCUAAACAUUCAGUAUCUGUCAUCAUUUAUGAUGUUAAUGAUCAUACUCCUGUUUUCGAUCAUACAUCUUAUGAAACAUCUUUAUUAGAAUCGACUGUUGUAAAUAGUCGAUUUUUUGCAAUAUCAGCCUCUGAUGCAGAUUUGGGAUUGAAUGGGAGAAUAUCUUAUUCGAUCAUAGAAGGCAACGCCGAUGGAAAGUUUGGAAUUUUCCCUGAUGGAUUUCUCUACGUAAAAAGUCCGCUUGAUCGAGAAGAGAGGGAUUAUUAUUCAUUAACAUUAGUAGUGUCUGACUACGGUACACCUCCAAGAUCAUCACAAGUUCCCGUAGUAAUACAUGUUUUGGACGAAAACGACAAUAGCCCUCAAUUUACGAACACUACUUUUAUUUUUAAAAUUAAAGAAAAUGAGCCCCCUGACACGUUCGUUGGCAAACUAACAGCGACUGAUAAAGAUAUAGGACGUAAUGCAGAGUUGACUUUCAGUUUGCCUAUAGUACAAAAUGAUUUUAGAAUUGAUUCUAGAAAUGGUUUUAUAAAAACAUUGCGAUCCUUUGAUAGAGAAAGCUUAGCCCAUAGUACAGGUCAAAAUUACAUAACAUUGACAGUAACAGUUAGUGAUAAUGGGCAUCCAAAACUUUCAGACUCGGUCAGAGUUACAAUCUAUAUUACUGACGUCAAUGAUAAUGCCCCAAUUUUCAUGAGAACACCUUACAAAGUCGAAGUUUCAGAAGGAACUGCAGUAGGAGCCUCAAUAAUGCGUGUUUAUUCAACUGAUGCCGAUGAAAGUCUAAAUGGUGACAUUUACUAUAAACUGAUUGGUGGUGAUAAUAUGGGGCAAUUUUCAUUAGAUGAAGCAACAGGACAGCUUUUUAUAAGUAAGCCACUAGAUCGUGAGACUAUAGAUCGAUAUCAGCUUACAGUACUAGCUCAUGAUACUGGUCAAUCAGUACGGCUUUCAGCUACCACAACUAUAACAGUUGAUAUAUUAGAUGAGAAUGAUAAUGCACCUGUUUUUACACAAUCCAAUAUGAAGGUGUCGAUCUUAGAAACAGAACCGAUAAAUAAGAAAAUUUGUCAAUUUCACGCCAAUGAUGCUGACUUAGGAGUCAACAGUGAAUUGCAAUUUUCCAUAACGUCUGGGAAUAGAAAAGAAGCAUUUUUUAUUGAUAGCUAUUCAGGUGAGCUUUUCCUACAUAAACAAUUAGAUUAUGAAGAAUUAACAUCAUACGUCCUAGUCAUUACAGCAACGGAUAAUGGUAACCCAACCUUAUAUUCGAGUAUUUCAUUUACAGUAAAUGUGAUUGAUGCUAACGAUAAUGCUCCAGUUUUCACUAAUACUGCAAUUGUACGUCAAAUAAGAGAAGGUAUUCCAAAACACACACCAAUAGUUACAGUGACUGCAGAGGACCCAGAUUCUGGUUUGAAUGGAAAAGUUUAUUAUUCUAUAAAACGACAAGAUCCAAUUGAUAAUAAACGUCACUUUGCUAUAAAUAAUGUCACUGGAGUCAUACAUACAUUAUUACCAAUUGACAGAGAAAGCAUUGAUACGUUUAGAAUUACUGUAGUCGCCUACGAUCGAGCCGAACCAUCUUCAUUAAGAUUGUCAGCUGAGAAAUUGGUGACCGUUAUUGUUGAAGAUAUCAAUGAUAAUGCUCCCGUUUUUGUCUCUAUGAAUGCUGCUGUCAUAAACUUAGAUAGAAUGGGUAGAAGUGUUGGAAGAGGUAUAUUUAUAAUGAACGUAUUGGCACGAGAUUUAGACUCAGGAACGAAUGGGCUGGUCACUUACAAACUUAUACAUGGUGGGAGCGAUCUAUUUGAUUUGCAUAGGAGUAACGGUGCGCUAACAUUACGGUAUCCCCCAUCAGUGCCUGAGGCUAGGUGGAGCUUGGUCAUAAAAGCUACGGAUGAGGCGGUGUUGAGUGAACAAAGAAGUACAGAGACAUACCUCAGUGUUAUAUUGGGUGGGACAGAGUUAGAAGGUGUCACUUGGACAAAUAUUAAAUCAGUUUCUGUGGCUGAAAACGAGCCGGCAGGGACGGCUGUUUUAAAUUUAACUAAUAAUUAUAAAUUGGGAUUAGAGUAUUAUAUAGUGAAUGUGACGGGUAGUGGUAAACAAGUGGACCGUUUAUUCGACAUAGAUUCGUCGUUGGGGAUUUUAUCAACGGCUAUUUCGCUGGACCGUGAGACUGGUGCAGAUAGAUAUGAAGUAGAAAUAUGUGCUGUGUCGUCAGGAACUCCACUCAAAAGCACAAAGACCAAGGUAAGGAAACACAUUUUAUCUUACUAUUUUAUAAUUUGUGUUUGAAUUAGUUGAGGAUAUAAUGGAUUAGUUCUAUUAAUAUUUAUUUGAGUAUUAUAUUGCUGCAAUACUCAACAAUUUCGUUUUAAUAUUUUUAAUAUAUAAUUACGAGUAUAAUUGUACUUUAAGUUAUGGGUUUCAAAUUACCAUACAUGCAUUUAUUGUAAGACAGGUAAAGGACAGGUUUCCUUUCCAUUUUCUUAAUAUAAAGUGUAAUUAACAGAAGAUUAUAUAAAAUAUUAAUGAGGAGCUCAAUGGCGUAGUGGUUAGUGUGUUUGAUCUGAAAUACAGUUAUUAAACAACUUUCGCCAUAGUCGGUUAUUGGUGGGAUGACCACAAAUUAAUAAUAUGUACAAUAUACUUUUGUUGUACUUUUAUAAACACAAAAAUAUAUUUUUAAUGAUAACUUUACUAUUAAUAAAUAUUAAUCAGAUAUAUACAUGUUAUUGGUAAAUGUUCUGACUCUCAGAAAAAAAAUAAGCUCAAAUGAAACUGCAGUUACAAGUUAGAUUCACUUGACAAAGUACAGUUUUAGUGUCUUCUUAAUAUUAACUACUUUUUUUUUAUUAUUGUUUUAUUAUAAAUAUAGAAUUUCGGGUUUAAGUACUUCAUCUUCUUAAUUAAGCUGACACUGACUUAGCUCCGUUUUCACUAUCAGUUUUAU